AUGAAAUUUUUAACAACUAACUUCGUCAAAUGUGCUGUUAAAUCCUGCGAUUCGCUGGUAGAGUCCUUUCCUUUACAAUACAGCGAAUGCCAGUUGGUACAAGAGGAGCAAGAAUAUAACCCCGAGUUUAUCAGUCAUAUGCUAGAACGUCUAGAAUGGGACGCUGUACUCAAAGUCGCAAACGAUUUGGGUCAUACCAGUUUGCCUACGUCGAAACCCGAAGGAUUGGAUCCCAUCAUGGAGGAUGACCAACCUAUCUUGAAAGAUUUACACAGCCUCUUAGUCGAGACUCAAAUAAUAGAAGGAAAAAUGACUUGUCGCAACUGUGGGCAUAUAUACUACGUUAAAAACUCGAUUCCCAACUUUCUCCUUCCUCCACAUCUAUGUUAG